AAAACUAGUUAUAUUGAAAUCAUGUGCAAUUUCAGUGAAGACUUUCUGGCAAAAUGAAAACAAAUCCACUAAGCAAAAAAAAGAAAAAACCCCACGUAGACUCAAUAUUUGCUUUCGGGCCUCCAAAAGAUAUGUGGCGGCUCAGAUCUGGCCCCCUGGCUUACAGUUUGACACCCCUGCAUUAGAUGGUCGUACUUUUACCUUAUUUAACCAUCCGCCAUUUCUUAAUGCCUUUCAAAAAACUAACUUAUUUGUGUGAGUAACUGACCUGUACCGCCAACUGCAAUGCCAAGUAAACCUUUGAACAUAACUUGUGCUCAACUAAGUCAAUAGCGACUUCAUUCAUUAAGUAAGUAGUCAAUGGCGCACACCUGUGUCUGCUUACUGAGGGGGGUUGGACCAGAGUCCACUUAAAAGGCAAGUUCUGUCUAAUCAAUUUACUUGUGUAGAACUGCUGGCACCCACAUGAGCAGCAAGACUGUGGCGGACUAGUAAAAAAAAAAAAAGCCAAUUUGCAGCGUGUAGUACAGCUAGUCACUAUUGUUGUAAAAAUGGCAGAGUACAUGCUGACAGUGACAACAGGUGACAUGCUGCACGCAGGCACCUUUGAUAAUCUCUACGUCACUCUGCUGGGCACAGAAGGGCAGUCCAACCGCACACAGCUGACUGGCGUCGGGCUGGUUAAUCAAACUGAAAAGGUGGGAAUGUUCUCGGUGACGUCCGCGUUCACGUUAGGGUUCCUCCUUCUCCUCCAAUUGGAGAAAGAUCCUUUCCGUGAAUUCCAAGACGGGGAGUGGUUUUGCUCCACUGUGGUAGUGAGGACGCCUGAGGACGACGACGUUUUCUUCCCCUGCUACAAGUGGCUGUCCAGGGGCGAACUUGUGCUUUUGAGAGGAGGCAGAGCCACAAAAGCAUUUGAAGACUACUAUCCACAACUUCAAGACCAACGGAAAAAGGAAUUGGUCCAGCAGAAGUUGACGUAUAAAUGGGAUGAGUACGCUGAAGGAAUGGCUUACGUCUUAAGCAUCAAAGAUCCAAAUUCCCUCCCGGCAGAAGUCCGCUUCUCGUAUUCAAAAGCCAGGCAGUUUGCCUACAGAAUCAAGUUUGCAAGGGAUGAGCUCUUGGAGAAAGGCGUACUGCAUAAUUUGGGACGCUGGGAAAGCUUUGAGGGCAUGAAGAAUGUUUCCUGGUUCACAAAAUCAACACUUUCAGAGAGAGUGUCUCAGCUGUGGAAGAACGACGCCUUUUUUGCGGACCAGUUUCUCAACGGCGUCAACCCUUACGUGAUCCGGCGCUGCUCCAAGCUGCCGUCCGACUUCCCGGUUACAGAUGAAAUGGUCAAGCCGUUUUUGACCAAAGGGACCAGUCUGACUAAAGAGAUGGAGAAUGGCAACAUAUUCAUUGUCGAUUACAAAAUCAUGGAGGGUCUGCCAACAACUGUUAUGGACGGUAAACGAGUUCCUCUGACGCCUGCCCUCUGCCUACUUUACGUGACUCCUGAGAAGAAAUUACUCCCCGUUGCCAUUCAGCUCGGCCAGCGGCCCUCUGAGGACAAUCCGAUUUUUCUGCCCAGUGAUUCUGAGGCGGACUGGCUGCUGGCUAAGCUGCACGUGAGACACGUCGACACCUUGCACUGCUUGUUAGUCAGCCAUUUGCACAAUACUCAUUUGAUAGCGGAGGUUUUUGCAAUGGCGACGCUUCGCAACCUGCCGACGAUUCACCCCCUGCACAAGCUGCUGAUACCGCAUCAUCGAAGUACCCUCCAUGUGAACACAGUAGCUCGUGCUGUUCUCUAUGGCCCAGGAAGAUUUUUUGAUGAUUCUUCGAUUUCUGCAGAAGGUCAGCUGCCUCUCAUGAGAAGGGCGCUCGCCCACUUGACCUACGCGUCACUCUGUGUCCCGGAAGAUAUCGCUGCCCGAGGUCUGGAGUCCAUCCCCAACUUUUAUUACAGAGAUGAUGCUUUGAGGAUGUGGAAUGUCAUUAACAGCUUUGUUAAGGCAGUGGUGGCAUACUAUUAUCCACUGGACAGUGAAGUGUCUGCAGAUUCUGAGCUCCAGGAAUGGGCCAAUGAGAUCUUCAACUAUGGGUUUUUGGGUAAUGUUGCUUCAGGUUUCCCUUCAAGCUUUCAAAAUGUGGAGGAGCUCAUAAAGUACAUCACAAUGUUGAUCUUCACCACGUCAGCGCGACAUACUUCAGUGAACAUGGGCCAGUUGGAUUAUCUAAAUUGGAUCCCUAAUGGUCCUUUGUUACUACAUCUGGCUCCACCAACUGUAAAAGGAAAUGCUACCAUGGAUGAAGUACUGUUGACUCUGCCCAACAAAUCAUUUGCAUCAGUCACCAUGUCUCUUAAUUGGUUCCUUAGCGAGAAGUAUGAGGAUUUUGUCCCUCUAGGUCAGUAUCCUCAACGUUUUACUGAGCCUGCGGUCUUGAGGAUGAUUGAGGAUUUUCAAGCGGAGUUGUCGACAAUCAGCGGCGCCAUCGUGAAGAGGAACGAGGAGCUUCAGCUGGCUUAUCUGUACUUGAACCCCAAAGAAAUAGAGAACAGUGUGACUAUUUAACAGAUGUCAAAAGGAAGCGCUGUUUUGGGCAAUACUGGCUUCAAACGGCUAGCCUGGAAUGAUGUAUUUGAGUACAAUAGCUUUAAUGGUCAAUAAAGAUUCUCCGUGUUGGUUGAAUUUGA